AUGUUUUGCUGGCCAUAUUUGAAAAGAAAUAUGAUUUUUCGUAUUAUAUUUUUACUACUUAUUUCUAUAGUUAUUGUGUAUAAUUUAAAUUUUCUAAGUAGUAUUGACCAAUUCUUAAAUUCAUCACAAAAACAUUUAAUUUCUUGUUACUUUGAAGAAAAACAAGAUAAUUCUUUACUUGAAUUAAAUCCUGAAGAAGUAACAAAGAAUAGUAUAUUUUUUGUUGAAACAUCAUGUAACCAUAAAAAAGGAAUUAAUUUGAGUCUGAGACAAGGCUGUGCUAUAGAAUCUGCAGCAAAUUUAAAUCCUAAUUUAAAUAUAUUUGUUUUAUUUGUUGCUCCUAGUUUCAUAAGCGAUGAAUCUGAAAUUAUUAAUAGAUUUAAAAUGUAUUCAAACGUUAAUUUAAGGUACAUAAAUUUUGUAAAAUAUUCUCAUAAUACUCCAUUACAAGACUUUGUGGCCUCAAACACCAUAUCCACAAGUCAAUGGCCAGUUUCUCAUACAAGUGACUUAUUGAGAUUCUUAACAUUGUGGAAAUUUGGAGGGACUUAUUUGGACCUAGAUGUAGUUCUAAUGAAAUCUUUGGAGGGCCUAUCAAAUUUUGCAAGUAUUGAAUCAAACACAUCAGUUGCCUCACUUGUAUUGAACUUUGAUGUCGAUGAAAUUGGAAGAACAGUUUCAAAUACUUCAAUCAAUGAUUUUGCUUCUAAUUAUCAAGCAAAUGAUUGGGGGUAUAAUGGUCCUGGUGUUAUUACCAGAACACUUGAAAAAAUCUGUAAUACAAAUCUGGUAACUGAUAUGAAUAAGCAAAAGUGUAAAGGAUUUAUGGUUUUUGGGACAGAAGCAUUUUGUCCAAUAAGUUGGACUGAUUGGAGGCUAUACUUUGAUACCAACACUAGUGAUGAAGUAAUGGUUAAACUUAAAGAUAGUAUUGGUAUUCAUGUAUGGAAUUUACAUAGUAAACACACAGCUAUUAAUAUAGGUUCAAAACAACCAUAUGGUUUAGUUGCAGAAAAAUAUUGUCCAAUUAUUUUUUCUAUGGCAAAGUCUGUAUUUUAA